AAUAUCGGUCAAACCUCGGAAUGCAAAACCAUGAAAAUCUCACUUACAACUCCAAAUAAAUCAUUUGAACAACAAUACUAAAAUUCAGGAGGAAACAACAAAUUCCCAUCCAACAAUUCCUUAACCAAUCACACACACACACACACACAAUAAAAACGUGCAUAAAAAACUCCCCCUCUCCCACUUUAUAGUUUCCAACUAAAAACAUAAAUAAAUAAAAUAAAAAAAUAAAUAAUAAAAAAAAUAAACUAAAAAAAAAAAAGAAAUCUUUAAUUUGAUCCAAGAACCGGAUCAUUCAAAAAUGGCUCAAAUGAAUCAGAGAGAUUUCGACAAUAGGGAAAGCGAGAGGAGGAGCAGCGGCGGCUCGUUCAAGUUCAAUGUGGCGGCGCCGGAGUUUGUUCCGACGGUGUCCCAGACGGCGGCGCCGCCGCCUGUUCCGGCGCAGGUGCCCAUAACGGGAUACUUCUACCCGUGCUUUCAGUCGAUCGACGGAGGGAGUGGGAGUUGGAUUUACGUCGCCGAUCAAGAAAUUGCGAUCCCUUUAAUCCAAUCCAAGAUUAAUGCUAAAGUGGGCCCCGCCCAGAUCGCGGCGGCUGCCGCCGCCGCCACCGUGCACCACCACCAUAACAACAAUCAGCCGCCCAAGGAAAUUGCCCUAGCUGAUGAGCUUAAGCAGAAGAUCAUCAAACAGGCAGAAUACAUGUUUAGUGAUAUGAGCAUGCUGGCAAAUGAGACACUUGCAAAGCACGUGAGUAAAGAUCCUGAAGGCUAUGUGCCGAUUAAUUUUGUUUCGACUUUGAAGAAACUGAAAUCGCUCAACGUGAAUAAUCAAAUGGUGGCGCAGGCUCUUCGCUCGUCUUCGAAACUGGUUGUAAGCAAUGAUGGCAAGAAAGUGAAACGCAAACACCCCUUCACCGAAAAAGAGAAGGAGGAGCUGCAGUUGCGAACUGUUAUAGCGGAGAAUCUACCGGACGAUCACUCUCAUCAGAAAAUCGAGAAAAUGUUUAAUGUCGUUGGAAGUAUCAAGUCGAUCCGUAUAUGCCAACCACAAGAACACAAUUCUUCUCGAUCUUCUAAAGGCGAUAUCGUUGUUAGUAAUAAGUUGCAUGCUCUUGUCGAGUAUGAGAACCAUGAAACGGCAGAGAGAGCGGCGGAGAAAUUAAACGAUGAAAGAAACUGGCGAAAAGGGAUGCGAGUGAGGCUUAUGCUCAAGCGUUCGCCCAAGUCCGUCCUUAAGAACCGAAAGUCGGAAUUCGAAGUGUGUUUAGACGACGACCAUCAUCACGCGCACGAGGAUGGAUCUCGGCUUAGCAGCUCAGAAAAUGAGGGCGACGACAAUCCAUCGGCAUUGAAGAGAAGUUGGUCAAGAAACCGAGGGAAAGCUACAAAGACUCAGCGCCCUCAGCUUCAAGGCACACGAAGCUUGCCUACCCCGUCAUCGCACGCUGGAAGCUCCUUUGCGGGCCAGCCCGUUAAGGGGCCCAGAAUGCCUGACGGGACCCGCGGGUUCACUAUGGGCCGAGGGAAGCCAAUUGCUAUUCCGGUUCAAUCCAGUUAAAACGAAAAACUUUAACAUUAGAAACAAAAACAAAACAAAAAGGAAUGGCAAAUAUUUUUUAUAUUUCCAUCCUAGACAUAAAAUAGUGUGGAAAUUAAACUAUUUUAUGGGAUUUGUUUGUGUUUUUUUUCUUCAUUUUUUCGGGACUCUGCGGAGGAUGGAUUAAAAUAGUGUACAUCAAUAUAGCGAUCGUGUUUUUUCGACAGAGUCGUCGGAGGUUAUUUGUAAUCGAUUCUACGGCCAAUGUGGUCGGUGAUUUUUAUUUUUUAUUAUUUAUUUAUUUUUAUUUUUUUGAGGGUGGGGGGUUUAGAAAGUAGAGUUUAUAAGAAUAGAAGAUUUAUGAGAUUUUUGUAUGUUGAAUUCUCAUGCAAGAGUCAUGAUGAAUCUUCAAUUAUUAUUUUUAAAGUUAAAUGUAUCUUCAUCUCUUUUGAAUUCUGCAGUGAGAAACUUAUUUUGUUUAUUCUUGAUUUUAAGAAUUCGUUUUAUUUAUAUUAAAUAGUUUUAGAUCGUGCAAUGCAAUUAAAUUUGAAAUACAAUGAUAAGAAUAAAAGUAAUUCUUUUACUACUUUAAAAGUAUUUAAAUCUAUUUAAAAUCAAGUAAUUGUUUUACUACUUUAAAGGUAUUUAAAAUCUUAUUACAUAUUAGUGGUAAUGAAAUAGUGAUUUUAAAAUUAUUUUACUAAUUUCAAAUACUUAUAGGGUCGCGUUCUGUUACAGGUUCGGUUGACAAGAUUCAUACUUACUUAAACCUGCUAUAAAAAUUAAAGUUCAAAAAUUAAAUGUUACUAUUUUAUUAAAUUAGUAGCAUCCCUCACGGAGAUUAAUUUAGUAGUGGGUAACUAAACAAGUAAAAGACAAUUUUAUGAUUCAAACCACAUAUUAAUUUUGUUAAAUAAAAGAUCUUAUAGACAAAUCUCGUAUAAUACUAGAAUCUAACAAAUUUAAUACAAAAUCUAAUACAAUGAACCGAACGUCUUACUAACUAAAUAA